AUGACAUCGAAAACCUCGCUGACUAUCUCCACAGCACUAAAACAAAAUGACUGGAUGCCUAAGUCUAUGGGAAGAAGCUUGGUAUUCAGUCACGAGCCAGUAGCACGGGUCCAGCUUUCUGAAAAUCCUUUUGGCCUAAGCAAAAUAGUUAUACUCUAUAGUGUUGUUGGACGAAUAUCCAUUAUGAUGUCUAGCUAUGUCGUGAAGGAAUUGUGGUAUGUGAUUGGUACUUGGAGUGAUUCCCACGGCUUUGAAACUGUGCCUGUGAAGUACACUCGCCUCGCCUCUGGACGGGGUCCUGCUAACAAGACAUAUAUUGUUACUUCCAUUUUGGAAAAGCCUUUCUUGGUGGUGAGAGAAGGGAAUUACACCGGAAAUGACCGAUUCGAGGGCUAUGCCAAGGAUCUUGCUGACCUUAUUUCUGAAUACCUGAAUAUAAACUAUACGCUACACAUCGUCAAGGAUAACACCUAUGGGGCACUUGACGAGACUCAAGAAGGCGGAUGGGAUGGCAUGGUAGGAGAGCUGGUUCGGAGGGAGGCCGACAUCGCCAUCGCGCCCCUCACCAUUACAUCCUCCCGCGAGAGGGUCAUCGACUUCACCAAGCCCUUCAUGACCCUCGGGAUCUCCAUCAUGAUCAAGAAGCCCGUGCAGCAGAAGCCAGGGGUGUUUAGCUUCAUGUCGCCGCUAUCCGAAGAGAUCUGGAUGUGCGUCGUCUUUGCCUACGUCGGGGUGUCCAUCGUCUUGUUCCUGGUCAGCAGGUUCAGUCCGUACGAGUGGAAGGUUAUCGAGACGUAUACAAAAUCCAGCAUUACCAACGACUUCACCAUCUGCAAUAGCUUGUGGUUUACUCUGGGAGCCUUCAUGCAGCAAGGAAUCGACCUUUGCCCCAGGUCCCUCUCAGGCAGGAUUGUGGGGAGCGUCUGGUGGUUCUUCACCCUCAUCCUCAUCUCCUCCUACACCGCCAACCUAGCGGCCUUCCUCACCGUCGAAAGGAUGGUCACUCCUAUCAAGUCUGUGGAUGACCUCGCUCGACAGACUGAAGUCGAGUACGGCACCCUCAACGGCGGCUCUUCCAAGGAGUUCUUCGAGCGCUCGAAAAUCAGCAUCUACAACCGCAUGUGGGAAUUUAUGACUUCGCGAAAGCACGUUUUCACGCAAUCCUACGAGGAAGGGAUUGAACGCGUAAGAACUUCGAAGGGCAAGUACGCUUACCUACUGGAGAGUGUUAAGAACGACUACAUUAACGAGCAGCUCCCUUGUGACACUAUGAAGAUCGGCCAGAAUCUCAACUCCAAUGGUUAUGGCGUGGCGACACCCAUGGGCUCACCACUCAAGGAGCGUCUCAACCUUGCCAUUCUGAGUCUGAAAGAAGACGGAGAUCUGGCAAGACUCAAAAACAGGUGGUGGUUCGAGUACUCCGCCUGUGAUAGGAAUAAACAGGAGACGCAGACGAACGCCCUCACGCUGAGCAACGUCGCGGGGAUAUUCUACAUCCUCACAGGCGGCCUCGUGUUAUCGCUUAUCGUGGCUCUUAUCGAGUUUUGCUACAAGUCUAAGAUGGACGCUGCCAGGGCCAAGCUGAGCUUGUCGGAUGCCAUGAAAGCAAAAGCACGGAUGUCAAUCACGGGAGGCAAAGACUUGGAUAACGGCCGAGUGAGCACGCAGGUUUAA